AUGGCAGACGAAGAUGAGUCGCGGCGCAAGCGCAUCAAAGUGUCCAAUGGCGACUCUGGCUCCGAGUCCCUGGCUGCGCCAAUUCAAGGGCUUGUCGGUGCCACGGCCGACGCUGGCUCUCCAGCUCCAGAUGCGCAAGCUGUAAAGGAAGCAGAAGUCGGCAUUACACAAUUCGUUAGCCCAGACCUGCCUGGGUUUUCUGGUGUUGUGAAGAAGAGGUAUACCGAUUUUUUGGUCAACGAGAUCCUACCGUCGGGAGAGGUAUUACAUUUGAAGGACACUGAGUUGUCAACUGCUCUUAAAACUGCCAUUGCCGAGACUGCUACUCCCGUCGAGUCUGCAAGUGCAACACCUCAAGAUACGCCCGUAACUGGCGAGGAGAUUGAGGGCAAAACAGGCGAGGUGGAAGAUGAUAAGACAGAGAAACCAGCUGCCGAGACGGCUGGUAUUGUUCUGGCAGACCUGGCUACGGAAGACCGAGAACUGUUAGACCAAUUAUUCGGACCCGAGACUACCCCGAAACUCCUCAACCUCUAUUCACGCGCUGUUGCCAAAGCUUCCUCCAGGCCAGGUGAGCUCGGCAAGGUCAAGUCUCUGGUUAUCACCGACAAGGAUCAGAGGACGAGCCUUCACCAGGCUAUCCGUCGAAUCUUCAAGUCCAACCUGGACUCAACAACCGACAGCGAUGGAACGAUUGUCGUCUCCGCCGCAUCAGUUCAGCAACGUGGUGGGGGAAAGGGCAAACGCAAAAAGCAGUCAGGGCGGGAUCGAGGUCAAGGCGCUUCUCAGCUGCCCCGUGGUAAGCUGGGCUGGAGCGAGCUCGGUGGAGACUACCUGCAUUUCACAUUGUACAAAGAGAACAAGGAUACCAUGGAGGUUAUCUCGUUCCUCUCCCGUCAAUUGAAGGUAGCGCCCAAGGCCUUUCAGUUUGCCGGGACCAAGGAUCGGCGUGGAGCCACUGUUCAGCGGGUUAGCGUAUUCCGCAUUUACCCAGAUCGAAUGCCGAAGCUCAACGCAUCCCUUCGAAUGGCUGCCAUCGGAGACUACGAGUACCAGAAACAAGGCUUGGAGCUAGGAGAGCUGAACGGGAAUGAGUUCGUAAUCACUCUCAGAGACUGCCAGUUCCCAGAGGGUGUAGUGGACAGAGGCAACAUUUCAAGCCCAGAAACAAUCGCAAAGGUAACCGAGCUUGUUGGAAAGUCUCUUUGUGAUCUCAGAGAGCGAGGGUACUUCAAUUACUAUGGGCUCCAACGUUUCGGCACCUUUGCAACUAGAACUGAUACCACUGGUCUCAAAAUGCUCCGUGGGGAGUUCAAGGAAGCUUGUGAGUCGAUCCUUCAUUACAGCCCAAUUGCAUUGGCUGCCGCACAGGAUGUCUCAUCUGAGGACCCCAGCCAGAGGCCACAGAUAAGCACGGAUGAUAUCCUGCGGGCCAAGGCAAUCCACAUCUUUCAAACGACGGGCAAUGGACGUGAUGCAUUGGAGGUAUUGCCUAGGAAGUUUACCGCAGAGAGCAAUAUCAUCAGGCUACUAUGCCAGCGAAAGAACGACUAUUUCGGCGCACUGCAGUCUAUUCCCCGCAACCUGCGGCUGAUGUAUGUCCAUGCCUACCAGUCUCUGGUGUGGAACUUUGCCGCUGGCGAGAGAUGGCGCUUAUACGGUGACAAAGUUGUCGAAGGCGACUUGGUGUUGGUAAGUGAGUUCAAAGAUGAAACCAAAGCCGCAGCACAGCAGGCAGAAGUGGAUGCAGAUGGAGAGGAAAUUGUCUUACCCGACGCAGAUGACAGUGCUGCGGUUGAUGACAUGUUCGAACGUGCCAGAGCCCUGACUGCAGAGGAGGCAGCCAGCGGGAAGUAUUCCAUCUUUGACAUUGUUCUACCUCUUCCUGGGUUCGAUAUCCUCUACCCUGCCAACAAAAUGACCGACUUCUACAAGGAAUUCAUGGGCAGCGACAAGGGCGGAAACCUGGACCCCUUCGACAUGCGGCGGUCUUGGAGAGACAUUAGUCUCAGCGGCAGCUAUCGUAAGAUGCUCAGCCGGCCCGGGGCUGACUACUCUUUUGAGGUGAAGCCAUACCGUGCCGAGGACGAACAGUUCGUGAAGACAGACCUUGAAAGACUUAGAGAGAAUACUUCCAAGUCUGCUGAUGGCAAUAACGACAACAACCAAUCCUCACUAACGUCAGAGACGCUAGAACAGCCGGAGAAGCUUGCUGUUAUCCUCAAGUUCCAGCUGGGAGCCAGCCAGUAUGCCACCAUGGCAUUGAGGGAGCUCAUGAAAACCGGUGGAGCAAAGGAGUACAAACCUGACUUUGCUCGAUAG